AUGGACAAAGUAGACCAUUCACCAUCAACUCAAAUACUAACUACUCAGGUCGUUCAAAAGAGAUUCUUGUCUUUGCAUGAAUACCGUUCUGCUGCCAUUUUGGAGUCGUACGGUGUCGGUGUGCCAAAAGGUUACGCAGCUACCACCCCACAGGGAGCUUUCGAUGCUGCUAAGAAGUUGGGCUCGUCCGAGUUGGUGAUCAAGGCCCAGGCCUUGACCGGAGGUAGAGGUAAGGGACACUUCGACAACGGUUUCCAGGGUGGUGUUAAGUUGAUCUCCUCCCCAGAAGAGGCUAAGGACCUCGCCGAGAAGAUGUUGAACCACAAGUUGAUCACUAAGCAAACCGGAGCUGCUGGUAAGGAGGUGACUGCUGUGUAUGUUGUGGAGAGAAGAGACGCCAGAACUGAGGCUUACUUGGCCAUUUUGAUGGACAGAUCUACCCAAUUGCCAAUGAUUGUGGCUUCCUCUCAAGGUGGUAUGGACAUUGAGGGUGUUGCUGCUAAGGACCCUGAUGCCAUCAAGACCUUCCCAGUGGACUUGAAGGAAGGUGUCACUGACAAGUUGGCUACCGAGAUCGCCUCCGUUUUGGGCUACACCGAUGCUGCUAUCCCAGAGGCUGCUAAGACCAUCCAGAACUUGUACAAGGUUUUCACGGAGAAGGACUGUACUCAGGUAGAGAUCAACCCAUUGUCUGAGACCCCAGACGCCAAGGUGUUGGCCAUGGACGCCAAGUUGGGCUUCGAUGACAAUGCUGAGUUCAGACAAGAGGAAGUUUUUGGUUGGAGAGACCCAACUCAGGAGGACCCAGAGGAGAUGGAGGCCUCCAAGUACGGCUUGAACUUCAUCAAGUUGGACGGAAACAUCGCCAACAUUGUCAACGGUGCUGGUUUGGCCAUGGCCACCAUGGACAUCAUCAAGUUGUACGGUGGUGAGCCAGCCAACUUCUUGGACUGUGGUGGAACUGCCACUCCCCAGACCAUUGAGAAGGCUUUCGGUUUGAUCUUGUCCGACAAGAAGGUCAACGGUAUCUUCGUGAACAUUUUCGGAGGUAUUGUGAGAUGUGACUACGUUGCCGAGGGUUUGAUUGCUGCCACUAAGAACUUCAAGUUGGACAUUCCAGUUGUUGUUAGAUUGCAGGGUACCAACAUGGAGAAGGCCAAGGAAAUGAUUGACAACUCUGGCUUGAAGUUGUAUGCUUUCGAAGACUUGGACCCAGCUGCCGAGAAGAUUGUGGAGUUGGCACCAAAGGCCUAA